UUGUCAUCUCCCUGUGACACAAGCGGCGUAUAACCCAGGGGAUAAAACCGCCACUUAGCCCACACGAGAGCUAGAGCUUGUUGAGUGUGGCUGGAGACUAGAGCAUAGCCGAAGCCAUGGAUUCAGUGGUCCUCCAGCUGUGGGCUGUCCUCUGUCUCUUGGUUCACCUUGCUGCUUGCAGUCCCAUCCUGAGCUUGGAGCACUCUUCCCUGGAGGAAGACGUGCCUCUUUUUGAUGAGAUCCUCUCCGAGCAGGAUGGUGUUGAUUUCAACACGCUGCUUCAGAAUAUGAAGAAUGAGUUCCUGAAGACGUUGAACCUCUCUGACAUUCCCUUGCAUGAAACGGCCAAGGUGGACCCACCAGAGUACAUGCUAGAGCUGUACAACAAGUUUGCCACUGAUAGGACAUCUAUGCCAUCCGCAAAUAUUAUUAGGAGCUUCAAAAAUGAAGAUUUGGCUUCCCACCCAAUUGGUAUUACAGGAGUUCGGAAAUACCCCCUUCUAUUCAAUGUGUCCAUCCCUCACCAUGAAGAAAUCACCAUGGCAGAGCUGAGGCUCUACACCUUGGUAGAACGGGACCAAAUGCUCUAUGAUGGGCUCGACCGAAAGGUCACAAUUUUUGAAGUGCUGGAUAAUGACCAUAUGGGGGUAGGAGAAGAAAGAAAGAUAGUGGCACUGGCAUCCAGACAGAUCUAUGGCACAAGCAGUGAGUGGGAGAGCUUUGAGGUCACCGAAGCCAUCAGGCGCUGGCGAAGGGCAGGGCUGACCACGCAUCGACUGGAAGUUCAUAUUGAGAGCAGGGAAGGGGAGGAGCAGAAUGCAGAGGGGAAGCUCGAUAUCGACAUCAACUCUGAGGCUAAGCAUGUGCCCCUGUUGAUUGUGUUCUCUGAUGACCAAAGCAAUGACAAAAAAGAGGAAAAGCAAGAACUGAAUGAAAUGAUAGACCAUGAGCAGCUCCUGGACUUGGAGAACCUGGAGGUUGGUAAUUUCCAUGGCCACCCUGGUGAAGAGGCACUGCUCCAGAUGCGUUCCAACAUCAUAUAUGACUCUACUGCCCGCAUCCGGAGGAACGCAAAAGGCAACUACUGCAAAAAGACUCCACUCUACAUAGAUUUCAAGGAGAUUGGCUGGGAUUCCUGGAUCAUCGCUCCAGCAGGAUAUGAAGCUUACGAGUGCCAUGGAGUAUGCGCCUACCCCUUGACAGAGCAUGUCACACCAACAAAACAUGCCAUUGUCCAGACUUUAGUUCACUUAAAGAAUCCCCAGAAAGCCUCCAAGGCCUGCUGCGUGCCCACCAAACUUGAUCCUAUCUCUAUUCUCUACCUAGAUGCAGGGGUGGUCACAUACAAGUUCAAAUAUGAAGGCAUGGUGGUAUCAGAGUGUGGCUGCAGAUAGUAGCAGGGAUCACAUGCACAGGGGAGUGCACAGGGGAAGUAUUUAAUGAUUCAGUCUGUAAAUUUGUACAUUUCAGAUUUCUUAUUUAAUAAGGUUAUUUAAUGAGGCAUGUACAGAUAAUUGUAUGUUUCCUGUCAUGGGGAAUUGGCAAGUCAUAUGACUGUAGGGAAUGUAUAUUUUGUUCCAUUGCUUGCUUCUUGCUGUUCUUUGCUGCCCAAAUUAUGGCCAAGUCUCUCUUCAUAUCAGAGCACAGUGCAGAUCACUGGGUUGUUUGGGUAGGCUCUUCACACCAGAAGGGGCACAUUCAAAUUCACAGGAAUAAAGGCAUAUUUUUGUACUUUGUAAAUACUGAUUGGCAUCUACAGAGUUUUCCAGAGCUGCUAAAAUUAUGGACAAUACACUCCUAAAUUUUUGUGUAAAAUUUGUGUGUAAAAUCUUUAAAAGGAUCUUUAUAUGAUCAGAUUUUUCUUUGAAAAUUUAUCUCUAUAGAUCUUACCUGAUAAAACACAGGCUUCUAAAUCACUAAGGAACAAGACUUUAGACUUUUUUCUUUUUUUCUUAAUCCUUUCUUUAAUCUUUCCCUGUCUCAGUUAAAAGUAAAAGAUAUCAUGGCAGGGAUGAUUUGGCAUUUGGAGCAAAAGGGAACCAUUCCUUUUCCCAUCUUUCUUACUAAAGCAAUGAGCCCAGGAGCAAUGCCAGGUGUCUGCAGUGCUCUGACACGCAAUGGCAAGAAAUUCCCCCUGUGCAUGUUUAUUUCAAAAGCACCCUGUGUAAAGCAGCACCGGCUUUGUUCCUUUAGCCAUGUGCUGUCCCUAAAGGGUCAGAGCUUUAGGUGGCAGACAUAAGAGCAGUAAAUCUCUUGAAUCCUUGAAAUUGUACUAGUAUAUACCAGUUAUGAAACUAGUCCCCCCACCCAGUCCAGUAAGCUACAUACAAAACAUCUAUUUAAUACAAUUCAAAUGGCCAAGUAGUAUUGCACUGUCUGCAUAGAGCUAGACAGAAAAGGAAACCCCUUUGCACCAGCUAGAUAGAGAGGAUCUUUCCUUUACGUAUGUGCUGAAUUUGUCAAUUCAUAAAGGUAUUGGCCCGUGCCCCCCCCCCCUUAAACUAUAUAUGAUGGAGUCACAUGCCAUGUUUCCUCCAGUCUUCUGCAACAAAUCCUGGUGAUAAGAAGGCGUCGGAGCUGAGAAACAAUAGACCUGUCACUUUAUUUAUACUAAGCUGCAAAUUUGUCAGAUUCUUGGGAAAGUGUAAGUGACACUGACUCUUUUAGCCUGUACCAGAGCCUACUGUACUGUCCCUGCAUCUGUUUUACACUUUUAAGGGAAAGUUAUCUUCACUGGAGGUGAUAAAGGCCUUUGAAAGAAUCACUAUAACACUUCAUGGGAAUGAACACAAAAGACAUUAUCAUGCACCAACUAAAAACAGUUUCCUGGUUUUCACACAUACCUAUUUUCACACAUACUCUUCUGUGCUUCCCAUAAUUUAUUGACCUAUUUAUUGACUGCCUGCCUUUGUAAUAUAAUGUAGAAUACAGAAUGUUUUAUUUUUGUGCUUGUAUGUAAUCCCACUUGGAUAAAAACCUUGUACCGAUA